AGAUAAAUUUCUUUUUAGAACAUGGAAGAUAGGUGAGUUGAUUAAUUUAAUCUUAUAGAUAAUUUUUGAAUUUUUGUAAAUUUAUUUGUUUAUUUAUUGUUAAUUAGAAUAGCGAUGGGAGUGGUUUAGAUAUUCUUGGAGAAUUGCUGAGGGAUAUUUUUGAUGAAAAUAUACGUCUUGAUCGUCAAAUAAUUCAUCUUCAGGAUGCAAAUCUCAAAUAUCGCAUUGAUAUGCAUGAUACUCUGUUGGAUUAUGCUGAAUUGGAGGAAAAAAUGAAGCGUGGGUCAUCAAAGAGUAGUGGAAAUUCAAGUGGAAUCCCACAGAGUCACAAUGGAAGCUCUGAAGAUGAUCUAGGUGGGAUAAAGUUGCGAUUAGUCAAGGAAAAACUUCGUGAGAUGGAGCCGGAAAGUGGACAGAUGUCGAUGCAGGAGAAAAAUCAGUACACGCAGAUCAUUGAGGAUCUCUCCAAUGAGCUACAAUCGCUCACGGAGCAACUCAUACAGCAGACGCAGCAACAGAAGGAAAUAAGUGAGGAUUCGUUGGACCUGAAGAAUCUCCUGGAGGAUCUUGAGCAGCAAAAUGAUCACCUCCAGCGAACAAUUGAAACGUACGCUGAACAGCUUACGAGUGCUGAAACCAAAAUUCAGAAACUUGAAUUUGAGAAAUCCACCCUUGAGAGCGAUUUAAAAGCCGCGCAUUCUCAACUAGAAGGGAAGGAUGCAAAAUUUGAGGAGCUUCAGAAGGAAAAUCGGAAUUUGCAGUCAAAAUUGAACAUCAUACAGCGCCUAUGCACGUGCAAAGCCUCGUCGAUGGUCGUUGACAAUGACAAUGGAAGUGAUAACACUGACAAAAGCACGCAAAGCUUUCAGGAGUUGCAGAAGUUAUUGAACCAGAAAGCAUCUGAGGCAUCAAAAGCAAAAGUUUCGCUUAAAUGGAAGAGUCUGGAGUGCAGUCGUGUGCAGCAACUUGCCAAUGAGGACAAGAAGAAAUUGACUGAGCAGACACGGGAGUUAAUUACAAAUGUGGGGGAAUUGAAGCAGAAAAUUAUCACGUUGGAAAUGAAUGCGGAAAAACGCGAAAAGGAACUCGAGAAGGCAACACAGAAGCUUGAGAAUGCAACAAGGAAGGAAGCUGAACUACUGGCGGAGAUUGCCGUUAAAACCGAUCAGUUGCUCAUCUUUGAGAAGGGAGAAGCCAAAUAUCGCGAAGCAAUUGAUGAUCUCUCGCAUGAACUUCAAGCUGUACGAACAUCCCGUGCUAGGAGAGAAAGUGUAAUGAUUCAAGAGCUCAAUGCUGCCAAUACAUCCCUAAGAGGAGGCUCUCAGGAGCUUGAGAAGAUUAAUUCAAAUCUUAUCAAAGAAAAUGCAAUGCUAAAGAAUGAAAUGAGUAAUCUGAGGCAACAUUUAGCCACAUUGGAGGGCAAAAGUCGUGCCCUAUCGGAUCUUUUGAGGAAUAAUCAAAUUGAAAUGGAUCGCCUGAAGCAGGAGAUAAAUAGAUUAAUGGCCCUGGAUGCAGAAGCUGCGGGAAUUCGGGAGGACAAAGCGAUCUUUGAGAAGCACAAUCAGGAUCUCCUGAAGCGCUAUCAGGCCCUUCAAAAGGAUUACGAGGAGCUUCAAAUUGAAUACAAGCUGCUUCUUGAUAUAAAAUCCCAAACUGAAAUAAUUCUUGAGAAUAUGAAAAUGUGGGAGGAUGAACACGAUGAGAGGGAGAAGAUUAUUCAGAAGAAAAUAUCCAAACAGUCUGAGCAUAUCAAUACUCUUCUGGAGGAUAGAAAGAUGUUGAUAACUAAAAUCAACACAAUGCAUCAGGAUAUAGUUAUCUUAACGAGUGAACGGGAGAGAUACGAAGAGAGAUUCAAAGAAAUGAUAAAUAGUGGCCCAGCUCUCUAUCUGCCCAAUGCCCAGGAUAAUACGUCCCUUCCGACAAAAUUAGUGAGGUACAGCAGUGAGCCGCAGCUGAAUGAUCAACAAAAUGUUUUGAGAAAAGUCAAACAGUCAACAAGGAGAAUGUCCAAGACGAGAAAAUUGUGGGAGGAACACAUGAAGGAUGCAUUCCAUUGACAAAGACGUCCUUUGUGAAUAAUUUAGUUUAAGGUGGAAUUUUAAUUAAUCCUGUGUGUUUGAAUGUGGAGAGAGAUAAAUUAUCAUGAAAUCGUUA